AUGUUUUCUUUCCUUCUUGACUAUCUCGGAUUUGAAUACACAACACAUGCUGCCUCAGUGUUAGAUAGGAAGACAGGCGUUCUAGGUCCACCAGUUGAACAUCGCGUUCUUAUGGUAAAAGUCGGAGGCGAGCUGUUGCUCACCGAUGUUGGGUUCGGCGAUUCCUUUUGGUUGCCUCUUCGUUUCACUGGCUUACAAGAACAUCAAGAACAACAGAGUGGCACUUAUCGAAUUCGAAAGAGCGGAGACGACCAUAUCUAUGAAGAAAAGAUUAAAGUAAUUGUCGAUGAAACUGACCAAGAAGAAAUUGAGAAGGAGCAGAUUACAAGUCCUGAGGAUCCGAUGUGGGUGCCGAGAUACAUAUUUGACCUCAUACCAAGAAAAACGGAGGACUUCUUUGAAAUGUUAGAGUAUCAUCAGACAAAUGACAAGUCACCAUUUACUCAUGAUCGUAUAUGCACCAUGGCGAAACCCUGGGGAAGGGUAACUCUUUCAGGCCAUAAAAUUGUAAUUACAAGGUUUCUUGGGGACAACAAAGUCAAAAAAGAAUCCAGGAACGUUGAGGGUGGUGAACAUGAAGUAGUAAAAGAACUGGAAGAAGCAUUUGGAAUUAGAAAAGACUCUUGUUUCUACCCAGAAGGGUAG